AUACUAAUCUCAAGCACAGAAAUCUUCUGCCUUUAGUACAGUAGAAAGACACUUUCCUAUUCUCCACCUUCCUAAGCCCAAAGGGUCUUUGAUUUCUCUCCUUUUCUCUGUUGCCCCAAAGGGAAAUUCCCUCUGUUAGAUAUGGAAGCUAUCAAGAAGCAGGCUACCAAGUUCAGACAGCAAGUUGCCAAGCAACAGCAAGCAGUACUCAGUCUCCUUGGGCAUUUUAGUAAUGAAGACAUUGCGGUCGAUGAAGCCGAACUUCAAUGUCAUCAAAAGCUUCAAGACCUGUAUGUUUCUACUAAGGCCGCCAAGCAUUUGCAGCGAAACAUUUUCCGAGGCGAAGAAGGAUUUAUUGCAACAAGCUCAAAGCUAAUAGAAAUAGCUAGGAAGUUGGCUGAUGAUUGUUGCAAGUAUGGAGCUGGAAAUCAAAAUACUGGUUCAACUCUUGCAAGAGCUUCCCUUUGCUUUGGUAAGUCACAUAAAUCAAUGGAAGAUGAAAUGGAGACAUUGCUUGGGAUCCUUGGUGAGAAGGUUUCGGAGCCACUACGGGCAUUAAUUACAGGAGCUCCUUUAGAGGAUGCUCGACAUUUGACUCACCGUUAUGACAAAUUCCUUCAAGAAGUUGAAUCUCAGACCGCAGAUGUUUUGAGACGUAAAUCAAAGACCAAGGAAUCUGAUAUAUCUACCGAAAGCUACAUGAAGCUUAAACAUGCCGAAGAAAGAUUGACUGAACUUAAAUCCUCAAUGGUGGUACUAGGAAGAGAAGCAAUUGAUGCCAUGUUGUCAGCUGAGGAUCAACAACAAAAUAUUACUUUCCAAGUGCUCCGUGCAAUGGUUGAUGCCGAAAAAUCUUAUCAUCAACAUGUUCUUGCUAUUUUGGAGAAGAUAUAUGCUGAGAUGACUCUAGAGGAGCAGAAGAAUGAGUCAUUGAACUCGGUGACAUCAGAGAGAGAGCUGAGUAUCUCCAUUUCACAUGAUAACAUUAGUUCGAAUGGAUCUGAAGCUCGGGGAAACAAACAAAGUUAUGAAUAUUUCAUAGCAAAGGUUGUACACCCAUUUGAGGCUGAAGCAGAUGGGGAGUUGAACUUAGCAGUUGGUGAUUAUGUCGUGGUUCGCCAGGUGGGUCCCAAUGGAUGGUCGGAAGGAGAAUGCAAGGGGAAGGCUGGAUGGUUUCCCUCUGGUUAUGUAGAAAGACAAGAGAAAGCACCAGCAAGCAAGUUGAUUGAACCAAACUCUGCAGCCUCUGCCCGAUCUACUUUUGUAAACCAGUUGGGAGUGAGAUGAACAGAACAGAAGAAUGGUAAACGAAGAGCAUACCCCGUGGCUGUAUGAUGCCCUUUGGCCUUUGUAAUGUAAGUAAUUACAGAGUACAUUCAUUGAUAUUAAUAUAUGUGAAAUUGUAUUGUAUGCUACAUAACGAAAGCUACUACGAAGUUAGAUUUGUGAAGAAGAUUCAAUAAACCUUUUCUUUUUUGUGUUCUGAAAAAUAAACAAAGUCACGUUGUUCGUCUCUCAUUUCAUGUUUAAAUGGAGGAUUUGAUUCAAGUUA